GUUGCCAGGAGGGCCUCGACUGUGCUUUGAUGGCCAGGAGCAUCUUCCGCAGCAUCGGUGACAGGCGCGGGGAGGGUUUGGCGAUGCACGGUGUCGCCGUCGCUCACGUCCGGGCCGACAUCAACGAUGUGGUUCUACAGGGUGGCAUGGGCGGCUGGCUGGCAGCAGCUGCCGAGGCGGCCAAGCUCUUCCGAGACAGCGGCUACCAGAAAAUGGAAGCCUUCGAGCAGGUUUGUGUUGCCCAGUGGACCCUUGGCAUCAAUCCUCGCAAGGCCAUGAAAUUGGCAGAAGAGGCCAUGAAGCGCUGCGCCGAGCUCCGGAGCCGGCAAGAGUCGGCCGCUCUCAGCGUCCUGGUGCAAGCACAUCUGCAGCUGAAGGACAGGUCCAAGAACUGGAUGAACGAGGAAGCAGCGAAGGCUGUGCAGCUGGCCAAGGACGGCUAUGAUCGGUUUCGAGAAUUAGGCGAGCGCUUCGGACAGGCCUCCUCCCUGCAUGCGCUCGUCCUGGCUCACCAAGCUCGGGACGAGAAAACCCUGGCUCUGCAAGCUGCCGAGCAGGCUGCGGACAUUUACAAGGAAAUCGGCGAGAAAGGUGGGGAGACCGCGAUGUUGCUCAUCCUGUCGCAGUUGCACCUGGAGACUGCCCAGCCCGAGAAGGCCUUCCAGGUCGCGCAGGAGAUCGCCUCCAUGGAGGUUUCGCUCCACGAAACUGCCAUCGCGCAGGAGACCGUCUACGAGGCCUUCCUUCAGCAAGGCGACCUGGAAGAGGCUAUGAAGACGGCGCAGGAGCUGGUGAGCCUCUGCAAUGACAAGAACGACAAGAAGCGAGAGGCUAUCGCACGACUCAUGGUGGCCAACAUUCACUACACUCAGAAGGACUUUACCCAGGCGGUGAUGGUCUCCCGAGAGGCACAGGCGCUGCUGCACGACAUCGGCGCCUACGCCGACGAGGCGUCUGCACUGCGCAUCGUGGCGGAGGCGUAUCUGGCAAAUGGCGAGCUCCCUCAGGCGCUGAAGGCCGCCGACAGGUCCGUGCGACUUUUCCGGGGCAAGCAGAAAGACUCCGAGGAGGCGCAGUCCCUACAAGUCGUGGCCACGAUCAAGCUGCAAGUUCUGGCCCAGGACAAGAUCCGGGCCCAGCGCGGGGCCCCGGCCUUCGCCACGGCGCUCGCGGACGCCGAGCAGGCGGCCGAAGCGGCUGUCAGCUUUGCGCGGAAGAAGCGCUUCAACCAGCAGCUGGGGCAGGCUCUGCUCAUCGCCGGCCAGGUGCAGCUCACGGGCCUCCGGUGCGACGAUGCCCUCAAGACAGCAGAGGAGGCCAUGGCGAUCUUCGAGGAGUUGGGCAGCGAGCGGGACAAGGCCAACGUGAUGUGCCUGGAGGCGGAUGCCCACUUCACCAACGGCAAUGCCAACAAAGCCUUGGUGAUUGUCAAUAAGGCCUUGGCGAUCUUCCAGGAGUACCGAGACUCGCGAGGCGAGUGGAUCGCGAUGAACAUCCUGGAGCAGAUCACCGGGCCACCCGAGGAGCAGCCCCUUCCGGGCAAUGAGUGGACACCAGAGCAGUGGGCAGAGUGGCAGCGUUGGCAGCAGUCACAACAGCAGCAGCAGCAGGGCGCCGGACAAAUGCCGCAAGCGCUUCAGCGCCAGCAGCAGGAGCCGCGAGCGAGAAGACGAACCGAUCCGGGCCAGAAGCUGGACAUUGCGAAUGUCAGCACCGACACAGUUCGGAAACGCGUCGAGGAGAUCGUGAGGUUUACAGCCGACUUGGACGACUCCGAGCAGAUCGACCUCGAUCAGCCCUUGAUGCAGGUCGGCGUCACGAGCCGCACUGCCGUGGGCCUUCGGAACAUGCUCAGCGAGGAGAUGCCUGGUGUGGACUUGCCGUUUACGCUCAUCUUCGAUUACCCCUCCGUGGCCUCCAUCGCCGAUCACGUUAUGGCCUGGGCCUCAGGUUGGGCUCACACGGACGCAGCUUUUCGGUCGGAGCUUGAAAUCGCUGCCUGA